GGGAAAAACAAAAUGAGGAAGUCAUGAGGUGUUCAGAGUGAUAGACACAGGGAGAGCUGCCCCAAUCUUCUAUUUUCAGCCAUGUCGCGGCACGCAGACCGUUUAUUUUUGCUGUUUAGUUUAUUAGUGUUAAAUAUUUGCGGUUUAAAGUGUAGUGAAAUAGUAAACGCGUCAGGUUCAACGAAAGUUUUGACGUCGUCUUUGAGCCCUGCUGCUAGUGCUGCUGCUGCUGCUGUUUUUAAGCCUGCUGUGGACUCGGUGUUCCCCCUCAGUCUGCUGUCUUCGUUUCCAGAGGACCAGGAGGUCAGCGAGUACUGCACCGAGCUGCUGCACAUAUUCGGUCAGCGGUAUGUCGAGCUGGUGCGGUGCCUGGUGCCUGCAGCGCGGCCCGUCAAAGUGUGCCAGGGCUGCUUCGUCAGCUACGGCAGGGUGGUGGACAUCUACAAGAACAUCUCAACAGAAGUGGGACCUGGCAAUGAGAGCUGCAGCGAAAGCCUCAUACGCGGUGAUCGACUGAUGCUGGUUUAUGAGAUGUACAGCAACCUGGAGGAUCUGUGGGUUAAAGCCAACUGUCAACACUGCCUCGGCCAAACCUCUCCGGGCCUGACCAAUGAGACCGUGGCCUUCAUGGCUGCUCUCAACCAAACCAUCACCUGCUUUGACAAGUUUCGACAGGGGAACCACACGGAGCUGUGCAAAAACUGCACGAGCGCCUACAAGAACCUGAGUUGGCUGUACAAUGGAUUGGAGAAGAAAAAUAUUCUGUGCAUCGACAUAGAGGAUGCGAUGAACGUGACUCGCAAACUGUGGAGCAAGACUUUCAAUUGUUCCUUCCCCCGCGAGGAGACGGUGCCUGUCAUCGCUGUGUCCAGUUUCAUGCUCUUUCUGCCCAUCAUCUUCUACUUGAGCAGCUACCUUCACUCCGAACAAAAGAAACGCAAGAUCAUACACCCCAGGCGAGCGAAGUCGUCCAACAGCCUGAUGAACAUCCAAGACAAACAGAGCUGAAGAGGACUCAGGUGAAGGCAUUAUUUCGUCAGUGCCCCGGGAGUGCAUUCGUUUUCUCGCUGCUCUUUUCCCGAGUUUUGACCAACCUCCGUGAACGCAGAGGUCUCCGCCGCAAGAUACCAAACAGUAUUUGGAAGACUUUAAAUACAACUGAAAUGCACUGGAGAGACUUUAUUCACAUUAAACAUUCGCUUUCACUUUUUUUCCCCCCAACCCUUUUUCCUUUAAAAUGUUGGGACACGUGCAGAAUUUAGAUUUUCUUAGCUGUGAUUGAGCUUCACGUUGUUUUGUGAAGUUUAAACUUGCAUCAUGGAUCUCUGUGAAGGAUGACUCGCGCUGGAAUCAACAUCUAACUUUCUAAACUCCUAAUUAGUCGGUCAUUCAUGUUUCUACACGGUACGCUUUUUAAUCCUCAGACACCGCUGGCCUCUCUCUUUCCUUUUUAACUCGGCAACAAUCUUCAGGUUGUUCAGUGCAUCCUGGCACGUGCAUGCGUGCUUGUAUGUGCUCUAUUUAUGGAUAAAGAAAUGGGUUCCCUGGCUCUAAUGUAUGUCCAGAAAAGAGCUGCAAAAAGGAAGCACUUGAUGUCCAUUAGUGGUGUGGCGUGGGGAGUAAAUAAAGACAUGACACACAUAAUGUAAGAGCACUCCAGAGCAGCACACUGUGAUGUUAGCUGUUUUCCUGGCAUUUUUUUUUUUUUUUUUUUUUGUGGUUGCAUAUGAGCUUUUAAUGUGCUUUGUUGUUGUUUUCCACUGAUGUUUAACUUAAUUUGUUAAUUUUUUUUUCUCUGACUGCACAUAAUAGUGAAGCCUCCUGCAAGAGUAAUGAAUGCCGAGCUGAUGAAAUCCCUGUGGAGUAAUGUAAACCUUAAUUUUUAAACGAUGAAAACAAAUAAAUUAUUUCAUGUCACAAA